AUGGCGCAACCACCGAAGCGUCUUGAUCAAGAAGAAGAGGUUCGUUUUUUUGUUUUUGGGAAAAAAGUGCUAAUAAGGGUUUCUGACGAAUUUUGAUUUCUGGAACUGUUUUAUCAAAAGUUCGUUGUGAGAUCUUAUGAACUUUCCUCAUCAACAAAUUUUGAUGAGUAAUUUUUAUUGUACCCCUCCUCCUAGAUUGAAGGUUCCCAAAACAAUAUCAUUUUUUGCAGGUAGUUCCAGCGAUUCGUCACGACGACGCCGAAUGGAAAAUCAUCCAACAAAACACAUUUACUCGCUGGGUAAACAAUCAUCUCCAAAAGGCGAACGAAUCAAUCAAUAGUUUGGAGACGGAUUUGAGCGACGGAUUGAAAUUAAUCACUUUGGCUGGUGUUUUGUCGCAGAAAAAUGUGGGAAAAUUCAACAAAAAAGUCAAUUUCCGAUCGCAAAAAUUGGAAAAUGUCUCGUUGGCUUUGAAUUUCUUCCAGAAUGAGGAGAAUAUCAAAAUUAUCAAUAUCGGUAAGAUUUUGAUUUUUAUUCAAAAAAUUUCCCGGAAAAGUUGCGCGCAAGAAAAAGCAUGUGUUGUUUGUUUCUCCAAACAAUACACACUAUUUUUAUAUGUAUAAUAAAUAUUGUAUAUUUAUUCUUCGGCUCCUGAAUGCUUUUACGGCCACCCAAUGACCACUUUUUUCUGCUUGUGGCAUUGGAAUUAGCACUUUUUUUGAAUUUUUUGAGUUAGAAGUUUACACGAUUUUUUGUUUUGUUAAAAAUAUAGUUAAAAAGCUGAAAAUUAGAAUAAUAAGCUAUUUUUUGUAAGAAAUUCUUUAUAAUUUGACACGAAAACAUAUAUUCUGCGCAAGUUUCUGGCAUUUUCAUCCAUUUUAAUUUUUUAAAACUAAAUUUUCGCCUCACAAAAAACUUUUUUACAGACAGUACCCACAUUGUCGAUCACAACAAGAAAUUGAUUCUCGGUCUCAUUUGGACCCUCAUUCUCCAUUAUUCAAUCUCAAUGGGAUGGAUUCAGGAAAAACGAGAAGAUGGAGUUCCAGACGAAACACCAAAACAAAAACUCUUGAAUUGGAUCCGUAAUCGUCUUCCAGGAAUGCCAAUCUCAAACUUCACAUCCGAUUGGAAUGAUGGUGUUGCAUUGGGUGCUUUGGUGAAUUCAAUGGCGCCGGGAAGUUUGGGAGAUUGGGAACAUUGGUCGCCAGAUGAGGCGUUGGAAAAUACGGAAAAGGCGAUGAAAACCGCGCAAGAUGUUUUGAAGGUUGCACCACUUAUUGCGCCGGCUGAAAUGAUUCAUCCGGAAAUUGAUGAGAUGUCGGUUAUGACCUAUUUGUCACAAUUCCCAGCGACUAAGUGAGUUUUAUUUUUCAUUUUCAGGGAAAAUGUCAAAGAGGGGUUUCUUUUUGAAAAUCGAAUUUCUAUUGAAAAAAAAGAAAAGGGAUUUAGGACUUCAAAAAUAAAAUGAAAAAACUACUCAGGUUCAAAAAAAACCUAGAUUUUUGAAAUUCUAAAACAUCAGAAUCUGGAAUUGUAAAAUUAUUCUCACACAAAUUUCAAACAAAACUCACAUUUUUCAAUAAUUAUAUUUUUCCAGACCAGUCAUCGUCAAACCAAAAGUAUCUGCACACAUCAGUGAUCUCGAAAAAACGCUUAUCGUCAACAAACCAACCGAAUUCACACUCAAAUUGUCACACGACACACACAAGCCAAAAAUCACAAUUCGAGAUGCUGACGGUCAAGAUGUUCAUCAUACACCAACCAAAAAAUCGGCAGACGAUGAGAUUUAUCGUGUCAAAUUCACGCCGACGAAAAUCGGACCACUUAGUGUUGAGAUUGCUGCAACUGAUUUGUUGACAUUCGAAACUGAACCAAUUCCAAGCGCGAGUCGAAUUUGUGAUGUUGUUCCACUUGCCAGAUUAUUGGAAUAUGAAAAGAAGGCAAAAGUUGGGGAUGAGAUUCGAUUUACUGUUGUUGAUGCGAUUCAAGGUGGACCGGUUGAAGCGAUUGUUGUUGAUGCAAAUGGAAAAGAACAUCGAUUGACUGUUGUUGGAUCGGAAACACCUGGAGAAUACACUUUCGAUUAUUUGAUUCCAAAUGUUGGUUUGCAUUCUGUCAAUGUUUUCCACAAGAAAUUGCCGAUUAAUGGAAGUCCUUUUCCACUUCGAGCAAAAGCCAAGAAUGCGUUGAAAGUUUGGGGAAGAGGAAUUCAACCGGAAGGAAUUCGAAAUGGUGAUGUUGUUGGAGUCCAUGUUGAAUCGGCGGAUAAAGAUGAUUCAUUGGCUGAUGGAAAUGUUCAAUUGGAGGUUUUGAAAGGUAGUUUUGAUUUUUUUUCACACCCGCCCAAGCCACACAAAAAUUAGCAAAACGCUGUAAAAACGGUGCGCCAUGUAGCUCGAAACCUAGAUAAGGUCCAUGAAAAACUAAAUAUAGCAUGAAAAUCUUAUUUUUUGAGGUCCUGCGAAGAAAGUUAGCAAUCGCGACAAGACCCUACGCAUUAAAUUUAUCAUGUUCCUUUAAUACUGUAGUACGAAAUAUAACGGCGAAGAGAGAGAAUUAGACAAAAGUGUUUGCACAGUUUUUUUCAUUCGCAGAUUUUUCGUUUUACAGUAGAAAACACUCAUUGCGUGGCUUGAACGGGUGUGUUUUAAAACUUUUGAAUAUUUAUCGAUUUUUCUAGCCGAUGGUUCUCGUCUUCCUGUUUCGGUUGAUUUCGAUGACGAAGAGAACAUACUCAAUUUCGCAUAUUCGCCAACUGAAGAAGGACCAUUGGAAGUUGUUGUAUCUUCAAAUGGAACACCUCUCGAAACACACAAAGUCAAUGUUGGCCCGAAAUCUGCUUCGAAAAUCCGCGCAUUCGGUCCAGGUCUUGAAGGUGGAAUUGUUAACGAGCCAUGUGUUUUUAAUGUUGAAAUGAAUGGAGAAUUGACUGAUUUAUCGUUUGCUGUUGAAGGACCAAGCAAAGCGGAGAUGAAUUCGCAAGAAAGACCCGAUGGAUCGGCUUUGUUCUCGUAUACGGUGAGAUUUUGAAAAAUGGGCAUAGGAAAAUAUUCUAAAAAUCAUGAAUUGCUCAUAUUAUACUUAAUUUUGAAUACCAAAAAAAAUCUGGAAAUUGAAACGUUGAAUUUUAAUCUAAAAAUCUGUGCUCAUUAUAUACAAAAAUAAUCAUUUACAGCCAACUGAAAAAGGAGUCUACAAAGUCUCUGUCUUGGCACACGGUGAACACAUUCAAGAUUCCCCAUUCGUUUUGCCAAUCAAAGAAGCCCCGUUGAAUUUCAAGCCAACAGCAGCAAGAGUUACUGGAUUGGAUGACACAAAAACGUAUCCAGUUGGCGAAAAAGUUGUAUUCCGAGUUGAUACUCGUUUGGUUGGAGCCGAUAUUGUACCAAAAGUUGAAUUGUUUGAUUCGCAAUUGAAUGGUUUGCCAUUUGGUGCAAGAGAAGUUACACCGGGAAUUUUUGAGUAUAAUUUCACGCCACUCACUCCGGUCAAACACAAUGUUGAUGUUAGUGUUGGAGGAGUUUCAGUCCCAGGUGCACCGUAUGGAAUUAAAGUCAUUGAACCGGUUGACGUUUCGAAAUUGAGAAUUUAUGGACCUGGAGUUGAUGGACCGGUUUAUUCGAAAGAAGCGACACGUUUCACAAUUGAUGCGACACAAGCUGGACCGGGAGCUGUUGAAGUUGCGUUGACUGAUGGAUUGGGAGAAAAUGUGGAUUUGGAUGUUUUGAAUAAUCAAGAUGGAUCAUUCACUGUCAAGUAUACUGCGCAAAGACCAGGAGCUUAUCAGGUUAGUUGAAUUGGGAAGAUUUUUGGGAUUUUCUCGUUCGGGAAAUGUUUCUAGGAAAAAAUCCUCUAAAAAUCCUGGUCAGAAUUCGAUUUAUUGUUGUGGAUCGGAAGAAUCUAUAUAAUUUUCUGAAGUUUUACACAAAAAUUAAUCUAUUCAAAAUUUAAAAUCAUAUUUUUUCAGUUGAAUGUUGUUUUCGCCGGCGAAGAAAUCUCACCAAUCGCCAUCAAUGUCAAACCAAAUGUUGAUGUUUCCGGAAUUCGCGUCGAUGGUUUGGAAAAUGGUAUGUUCAUGUUUUUAAUCGUUUUCUUGUUGUUCUUGUAUGAUUGGAUUUGUCACUAUUACUACUACGAGUGAUUUUUUCUUCAUUGAUCUCUUUUUCAUAGUUUUUUUUCUAGCUAAUAUGAAUUUUGCACGGUUUUUGAAGUUAAUUGGAGUGAUGGUGUUUUUCUCACCGAUUGUUUUUUAUUUUUGUUUUCUAUUGAUUUUUGUUUGGUUUUUUUGUGAUUUGCUGUGAGGAAUAACUGAAUUAUCGUAACUUCAUUAUUUUUGUUUCCAGCUGUUGUUACGGUGAACGUUGAAAAAGAGAUUCAUGUUUUUACGACGGAUGGAGAAAAUACGAGAAUUGUUAUAACUUCGCCGUCUGGAAGAGUGGUUGAAGCGAUUAUUGAAAGUACACCAACUGGAUUUAGAGUUCGAUUUACACCGUCAGAAAUUGGAAAUUAUCGAAUUGAUGUGACGUAUCAAGAUAUUCCAAUCGAGAAAUCACCAUUUACUCUUACCUCGAUUCCUGGAGAACAAGAAGAGCAAAACGGGUCUGGGGAACUCGCUGAAGCUGAAUAUCUUGUUAGUGGCUCUGGACCACCGAGAGCUGAUUUAGUGACAGUUUCUGGUCCUGGGCUUGGUCCUCUUGUUUCACAACGCCCAACUUUUGUUCUAAUCGACACUACUAAUGCUGGUUUUGGAGAUAUUGAUGUUUAUGUCGAUGGUCCGAAUCGAACCCCUCUUCAUUGUGUAGAUAAUCAAGAUGGCAUUUUGAAAAUGUGUUUCACCCCAAAAACUGCAGGAUUGUAUUAUUUGAGAGUAAUGUUUGAUAAUGAACAUGUUCCGAGUAGCCCGUUUCAAAUUGUCGCAGUUUCGCCGCCACUUUUAGAUACGCCUGGAAUUUCGGAACGAAGUGAAAGUCCUUUUUCGUCGAUUUCUAGUGGAAGUACUGCAGCUUGCAGUUAACACAACUAUUUUCUGUGAUUUUCCAUUGAUCUCGAUGUAUUUUGUUUUUUUCUCAUUUUUUGUACAUAAAUAAAUCUGUUGUAAAUUGUUUUAUCAUCUUUGAUUUGUUUUGAAAAUGUUCUCAAAACGGAAAUUUAAAAAAAGGAUCCCAAAAUUAACUUUUGAUAAAAAAUACUACCUCGACCACGCUGAAAAAGGGGAUCGUUUUCAGCACUGUCGAAUUUGUAUGCUUCACUAUUUUUUUUCAAAUCAAUAGUUAAUUUCAAAACCUAAAACAUUUACGUUUUCAAAAAGUGCAUAGGUCCCACAAAAACCUUUAUUUUCAGCCAAGGCUUUGGUCGGAACUCGAUUCGAGCCAAAAAUCGAUAUUGGAGAUUUGAAACCAAAAGGAAAAGGACUCCAAAUUCUUGAUGAAGUCAACGGCAAAACCUACAAUGUUCCACUCAAAAUUGAUGAACAUGGAAAUUUUGCGACCGAAAUUCCAUUGACUGAAGUUGGAAGUCAUAAUAUGAAAGUUCUUUUUGACGAAAUUCCGGUUGCCGAGUCGACGAUUGAAAUUCUGAAAGGAACCGAUCCGACCAAAUGUAAAGCUUAUGGAUCUGGUCUAGAAAGUGCGAUUGUUGGCGAGAAGGCGUCUUUUGAAUUGGACACAAAUGGAAGUGGAGAAGGAGCGGUUAAAUUGGAAAUGAAGGGACCAUCAAAAGCUGAGUCGAAGAUUCAGGAUCUUGGAAAUGGAAAAUGUGCGGUUGAUUAUGUUGCGAAUCAACCAGGAGAAUAUGAAAUGGCGAUUUUGUUUGGAGAUGAAAAGGAGAAGAAACAUGUUAAAGGUUUGACCAAAAAUGUUAUUGUCUUAUUGUUAAAAGAAACAAUAAUGGAAAAGAUACGGUUUUUGAAACUGAAAUUUUCGAUCUAAAAUUUGAACAUAUUCUUUAUUUUCACCUUUAAAGUGUAUUUUUUGCAGGAUCCCCAUUCAAAACAAUUGUUGACUACAAAAAAGACCCGAGCAAAGUCAUUGUUUCUGGUCUCGAAACUCCAAUUGCUCGAAUCAAUACACCAGUCAAUUUCAUCAUCGAUGCCACAAAAACCAAAGAAGGUCCAAUUGAAUUGCGAGUUUCACCAGAAUUUGUCAAAUCUCCACCAAAAGUUGAGAGAUCUGUUGAGAAUCCGCGAAUCUUCAAUGCCUCAUUCACACCUUCUGAUUCUUCCUCAACUGCCACAUCAGUUCCAUUGGAAAUUCUCUAUGAUGGAGAAGUGAUUCCGAAAAAUCCACAACCGUUGAAAUUGAUACCCGAAUGUCAACCGGAAAUGAUUCGAAUUGGAGGCGGAAAUGCGGAAAAACAUGCGCAAGCAUCGCAAGUUGCGGAUUUGGAAUUUGAUGUUAGAGAAUGCGGAAAUGUUAAGGAGAUUGGAGCUAAUGUUAUUGUAAGUUGAAGGAAAAAUCUUUUACUAUCAGUUUUAAAACUACUGUUUUCAGGGACCAGAUGGAGCUGAACGUGAGCAUCAUAUUCGCGCAGUUCCAGACAAAGCUGGAAUUUUCGACUUGGCUUUCAACACUGAUAUGGCUGGAGAUUACACAGUCAACUUGUAUAUCAAUGGCCAAAAGGUUGACCGAAAAAUCACAAUUCAUGCGGAUAAAAUUGGAAAAGCUGAUGAUGUUUCGAAGGUUUCGGAUGCUUUGAUUCACGAUGAUUUGAACAAGCGAAAAAUUGUUGUGAAUGGAGAAAAUUGUGAGAUUGGAUAUGCUGUGCCGGUUGAAAAUGCGAAAAAGAACAAGAAGGCUGGACAUGCUCAACCACAACUUUGCGUUGUUGCCGAAAGACCGGAUGCGGUUAAACUUGGUAGGGUUUUGGGGAAUUUUUGAAAUAAUAUCCAGGAGCUCUUUUUUGAAGAUCUAGGAAUCUUCGUUCUAAAUUCUCCGUGAUAGAAUAUCUCAAUUAGAAAAUUUUGAAAAUUGUUUUUUUUUGUGAUAUCUCAAGAAGUUUGUGUUGAAAAUUUCUUCACUUUUCCAAAAUAAAAAAAAAAUCAAUUUCUGUUUAUUUUUCCAGAAAGAGUCCGCGAAGUUUCCGAAAAUGGCAAAAAUAUUGAGGAGAAAAUCAUCUUCACGGCAAUCAAACCCGGACAUAAUUUAUUGAAUAUUUAUUAUGGUGGAGAACAUGUUGAUACGGUUGAAUAUGAAGUGAGUUUUUUUCUGUUUUCUUCAAAAAUCUCGAGUAUUUUGCCACACACAUCUGGCACAUAACAUUACCCGGACGUAUUUUCUCUUUUUCAUAAAAACAGAUGGUUUCAAUUCAGUUUUUUCAUAAUAAUAUUUAGCUUGACAACAACAGGAAGAAGUAGUAGUUUUUAAUUAAAAAGAUUUUUGAAUGAUUUUCACUUUUCUGUUGUUGUGACCUUUUUCCGCUAACGCAACAAAAAAUAUAAAAAACAUGCGCUAAGUAGAAUUUUCGGAAAUAGUAGGAGACCAAGAGAGAAAAAGCGAAUAAACAAGAGGGCGAGAAAGUGUGAGAAGAGGAGAGGGUGCGAGAGAAAUUCUGAAUUUCGAUUGAAAGUGUGUGUGUCUCUUUUUUUCCGCUGCUGUCAAUACAUACUUUUUUAUUUUUGUUUAUUUUCAUUGUUUCGGUGUGAUGUUGGCAGACUUGUUAGUGUCAAAUUGGUGUCUGUUGAUCUUUGAGAGAUUUUUUGAUGCAGAAUUUGAGUUUUUGAUGAUUUAUAGUGAGAAAAUGCCAAAAAAUUUGAACGUUUAAACUAUUCUUGUUCCGUCUAUAUUUUCUGAUGUUUUUUCUUGUAAAAUUCAGAAGAAAAAAUCCUGGUUGUUUUCUCGAACGAACUUCUUUAAAAAUCGUUUUGUUCCAAAGAUGUUGAGAAAUUUUAUUUCUAAAAAUUGAAAAUCAUAUUUCUCGAGUUUCUUUACCAUUUUAUUUUCUCUAAUUUUUUUUGCCGGUAUCUAGAUUUCUGUGAAAAUCAGGACCAUUCAUGGAAAUUUUGUCCUGAAAUCGUUUGAAAUACGAAAAAAGAGUAUUUUUUUUCGAAGAAAAAUUGGCUCGGAAAAUAGACAUGUACAGAAUAGUGUGAAUUUUCAAUGACCCCACCGAGAACUAUCAUCUGAGAUUUCUUCAAAAUGCAUAAGAUCUAUAUAUGCUCUCAUCUAUCCAAUCUCUAAUAUAAUAAUUGUUUUAUUUUUGCUCAUCGUUGUUUUGUCAUGCGACAUUCAUUUUCCUCUUCGUUUUUCUUUCUUCGCUGGACAUGCCUUCUUCUCCUACUGAAUUUUUGUUGAUAAUCGAAAAAUAGCAACUGUCGUAUUUAUCAUCUCAUCCUCCGUCUGUCUUCUUUUUUUCUCGUCUCCAGCUUUUGUUUCGACCUGAAAUCGCUAUCCGAGUCUCCUGGAUCUUCGUAAUCUAUCGCAUUUUGUUUUGCGAGCAUUGAUAACAUGUUGUGUUUGUCACGUCCGAUUGGAAGAAGAAAACGGGCGAAAAAGAGACAUACAUCAGUUUGGAGACAAAAUGUGUAGCUUUCUGGAAGGAACACGAUUUUUUUAGUUGUUUUUCUGAAGGUUUUGGGAUUUUUUUCCGGCCUAAAUUUUGAUUGAGAAUUUUUCGAAAAGUUUAAGGUUUUUCCACUUCGGAGUUCUGUGUUUAUUAAAAUUAUCUAUGAAGUUUCGAAAUUACGUUAUUUUCAACAAAAAAAAUGAAUUUCUAUCCAGAAUUGUGUUCUAUUUUCACCUGAAAUCCUUUUUCCCUCUCUAAGAUUUGACUUAUUCUCAAUCGAAAGUACAUAUACAUAUCAGUUGGUUUUCUAUCGAUUUUUAUCCCGAAGAUCAAUUUUUCUGAAUUUCUGUGAAAUUUUCUACACAUUCGGCUGAAAAUCUGAAUUUUCACAAGCAGAUUCGGACAACUCAUUUUCACUCCGGUUUUUUGACCAAUAACGGACCUAUUGGUUUUUUGGUCAAAAAAUUUACCGAAAUUAAGGCACUUGGUGUAUUUUCGGCCACGUUCUGACCAUUUUUUCACCAAUUUUCGAACUUUUGUGAAUUGAUCAAAAUUUAGUCGAAAUGACUUCGUCUGUUUCUGCUGAAAUUUGCCCAUUCCUUACAAUUAGAUUUUCCACUUUAAAUCUUCUACUUCGACGUCACUCAUCACAUGGUCCAAUUUAUCAUCCGAAAAAUCAUGUGAAAAUUUUUUUGAACUCUGAUAUCAUCAGGCGAGUCCCGGACCACAAUAUCAAAAAACAAUUCCGUUUUAAUUGUUACGUGAUUCUAUGAAAUUUCGAAAAUUCUCUUGUUUUGACAUUUGAGACUUUUCAAUCCAGCUCUGCACUGCUCUUUUUAGUUUCUGACAGCUGUUCUCAUUUCAUUCCAAUCAGAUUUGUUGGUUUUUUGAUUUUUAUGAAUCAGGAAAUUUUUCGAAGUGUUUUCCUUGAAAUGACCUGUUGUUUUCUGGAAAAGUACUCGAAAAAAAAAACUGAAAACAAAAACAUUUUAUCGCAUGACUUGUUUUAUUUUAUCUGAAACAGCUGUUGUAACUCAAAAUCGACGAUUUUCAGACACUCGAACCAAUCGAAUACGAGGAACUCAAAGCUCAAUACGCUGCUCAAAAAGAAGCAGAAGAAGAACUUGAUCGAGUUGCAAAAUACGAAAAAGUUUAUAGUCAGGUGAGCCAUUUUUCGAGUUGAAUUGAAAAUUUGUGUGGUUUUUUAUUAACCCGUUGUUUUUUCUAACAGAAUUCGGUAGGAACUGAGACACAUCAACCAACACAAAAAGGACAAGAAGAGGAACUUGCCAGAAAUCGUGAAAUUGACGAAACUCCAUUGAAAGUUGAAACCAAUAACAAUAAUAAUAGUGGAUCGAAACAACCAGCUGUUGGAUUUAGCCCGAAGAAUUUUAAGGUACUUUAUUUUAGAGUUUUGUUUGAAGUGGAAUUGUGUGAAAAAAACAAGAUGAGAAUGAAAUUCGGAAAUUUUCGAAUUUUUUUAAAUGAGAAAUUUGAAGGUCUGAAAUUCGAAAAAUGCUCCAAUUUUGAUAAAAAUUAGAAAAAUACAGUAUUUUUCCCAAAUUUCAUGAAACCACGUGUACAUUUGAAAUUUUCGUGAAUUUCCUUGAUUUCCUUUUGAAAUGUUUCCAAUUUUAACCGUUUUUUUGUUUCAGAUCAAUCUCAAUUUCCCUGGUGUCAAAGUAUCGGAACUUGAAGCUGAAGUAAUGCCGCCAACACAGAAAAAGGAAACUGCUGAAAUUAUCGAUAAUCACGAUGGUAACCUAUUAUACUUUUUAUUUCCCUUUCUUAAAUAUCAUAUUUGUUUCAGGAACCAUUCUCGUGAAAUACACUCCAAAAGUUCACGGAUCCCACGAACUUUCGAUCCUUCAAAAUGGUGCACAACUUCAAGGAACACCAAUCAAAUUCUUUGUCGAUUCGUAUGGUGAUGGAUAUGCGACUGUUUAUGGAUCUGGACUUCAAACUGCGAUUGUUGGGGAACCGGCGACUUUUACGGUUUGUGCGAAAGGAUCGCAUGCUAAAGAAUUGUCGGUUAGCAUUGAAGGACCAGCAUCGAGCAAUAUCAAGAUUCAUGAUAACAAGGUGAGCAUUUUUGAGCUGGGAAUUUUGGGGAAAAUAUUUGGAGACUUGAAGUUUCUAGAUUAAAAAAUAAAUUGCUUUAAAAAUUUUGUAGAAAUCACAAUUUCACUUUUUCAAAUUUAAAUUUGGACAAAAAUCCGGAAAGUCUAUCAAAAUCAUACGAAAAUAUCAAUUUUCUUUUGAAAAGUGGUUUUUUUGUCAAGCCUACACAAUAAAAAAAUAAAAUAAACCCAUAAUAAUUUUUCUUUCAGGAUGGAACUUGUUCCGUUGCUUGGGUUCCACCAGUUCCAGGAGAGUACAAAGUCCACGUGAAACUCGGCGGAAAAGCUGUUCGAGAUUCUCCAUUCAAAGUUUUGGUAAUGGGAGAAGGACAAAAAAGAUCGCAUUUGUCAGUUGGAUCAACUUCUGAAGUUGCACUUCCAAUCAAUGAAACUGAACUCAAAGGAAUCAGCGCAUCGAUCAAAUCACCAGCUGGAAUCGAAGAACCAUGUUUUGUUCGAAUUGUUGAUGGCGGACGACUUGGUGUUUCUUUCACACCAAGAGAAGCUGGAGAACAUUUGAUUACUGUGAAGAGAGAUGGAAAAUUGGUGCCAAGAGCUCCGUUCAAAAUCAAGGUUGAUAAAUCGCAAGUUGGAGAUGCGAGCAAAGUUGAAGUUAGUGGAACUGGAAAAGCGAAAGCUGUCACUUUGCAACCAAAUGAGUUGUUGGUUGAUACAACUAAAGCUGGUAAGUGUUUUGAUUUUUGAAGAGAGAUUGGAGAAAUUUUUUAAAAACAAAUUUAAAUGGUGCUAAAAAAAAUCCACCUUUUCUCGAUGUGGAAAAAAUUUCCGAAAAUUUUUUUGAAAAAUUCCGAAAUAUUUAUUAAUUUUUUUGCCACCAGUCAAUUUUUAAUUGUAGAAAUUUGGAAAAAUUUUCGAACCUGAACUUUUUCACAAUCUUCCCAUCUUUUUUUUUUUUCAUAUUUUCCAACCAAUUUUUUCCAGGAUACGGUGGACUUUCGGUUUCUGUCCAAGGACCAUCAAAAGCUGAACUCACUUGCAAAGAAGUCAAAGCUGGACUCAUCAAAGUCAUCUACACACCAUCUGAACCAGGAGUCUAUGCUAUUGCCAUCAAAUUCGCUGAUCAUCAUGUUAAAGAUUCGCCAUUAACUGUUUCGUGCACAGGAAAAUCAGCAGGACGUGUUAUUCAAACAAUUCAACAACGCGUUGAACAACACGCCAUCGCACUUCCAGAUCAAGAAUCUUUGUUGUUUUUGAAGUUGCCAAACACUUCACCAAUGGAUAUAAAUGCAAGAUUGAUGGAUCCAAAAGGACAUACUGAUGAUAUUGAAAUGCGUGAUUUGGGACAACAAUACUAUCAAUUGAAAUUCACGCCAAAACUCGAAGGUGUUCACACACUUUCUGUUAUGUACAAGGAUACUCAUGUCAAUGGAUCGCCUUUCCAAUUCACUGUCGGAAGUUUCACCGAAGGUGGAGCUCAUAAAGUUCGAGCUGCUGGACAAGGAGUUGUUAGAGGAGAGACUGGUCUUCCAAAUUCUUUCAAUGUUUAUCAUCGUGAAGCGGGAGCUGGUAAUUUGAGUGUUGCGAUUGAGGGACCAUCGAAAGCGACGCUGGAAUUCAAGGAACAUAAGGAUGGAAAUUGUCACGUGGAUUAUAAGGUUGCGACUCCGGGAGAAUAUAUUUUGGCGGUCAAAUUCAAUGAUCAACACAUUCCUGAUUCACCAUUCAAGGUUUUCAUUGCGCCAGCGACUGGAGAAGUUCGAAAAUUGGAAUUGGCACAAUUCCACGAUCAAGGAAUUCCGGCUGGAAAAGCAUUCACCUUCACUGUUUUGACACAUCGUGCUAAGGGACAUUUGGAGGCGAAAGUUGUUGCGCCGAAUAAUGAAGUUGAUACGAUUGAUAUUGUUCCGAUUGAGGUGAGGCGGAAUUUUGAGCGGAAAGCUAUUUUUGAACCUGAAAUUUGGCUUUUAAGCUUAAAAAAUCAGAAAAUCCAGUUAAAAGACUUGCAGAAAUUUUGAAGCUAAAAUUUUUUAAAUUCCAAGCCCUCCUAAAGGUUCCCACAAAACUCUUUUCUUCUAGGAUGGUGAAAGCUAUGCUCUUCGUUUUGUUCCAAAAGAAACUGGAAACCACUACAUCCAUGUCACUUUGGAUGGUGCACCAAUGCGCGAUUCGCCAUUCCGCCUUCGCGUCGGCGGAAAAGAUUUGUGUGAUCCGACUGCGAUCUUUGCUUCCGGCGAUGGUUUGGUCAAAGGAACAACCGGACAAAAAUGCGAAUUCGUCAUCAACACUGCAAAUGCCGGAGCCGGUAUUUUGAAUGUUCAAAUGGAUGGACCAUCGAAAGCGACUUUGGAUGCGUAUGAAUUGGAAAAAGGAUAUAAAGUUAGAUAUACUCCAUUGGCACCGGGAUCCUAUUUUGCAUCGGUUAAAUAUAAUGGUGAGUGGGGCAUUUUUUUUGUUGAAAAGCUAGUUUACUUGAAAUUCUAGAAUCUCUAGCUUCGAAAUCUAAUUCUCGUACUCAAAAUCCAUGAAACCUUUCCAAUUUCUCUUUCUUUGCAGGAAUCCACGUUCCUGGAUCACCAUUCAAAAUCCCAGUUGAUGGAAAAGAAUUGGGUGGAAACGGAUAUAAUGAAACAUCACACGUCAAAAUCGACGCUGUCGCCAAAACCAGCAAGGGUACUGUAGCUGUUGUUCCCGAAUACACUGGAGAUGCCAGCAAGGUGAGUUUGAAUAAAUUGAAAUUUUGAAAAAAAAAAUUCCCCAAUUUCCAGGUCACCGCCAAAGGCGCUGGUCUCAACAAAUUCUUCCCGGGUCGCCCGGCUGCUUUCCAAAUUGACACCGGACUCGCCGGAACCAAUUUGUUGAUGGUCGGUGUUGUGACGACACGUGGACCGUGUGAAGAGGUUGUUGUUCGACACCAAGGACAAGGACACUAUGUUUGCUCGUAUCGAAUUCCGGAUCGUGUCAAAGGAUUCGUUUUUAUCAAAUAUGGAGAAAAUGUAAGAAAUUUGUGAAAUUUUGAGCAAAAAUUUUAAAAAAAAUUUUGAUUCUGAUGAAAUUUCGGGAAUUUUUGAAGAAAACUGUUUUUUUUUCAAUUUUAUAAUUUGGUAUGAAAACUGUAAUUUGGUAUGAAAACAACUGCAGAAAAUGGGAGGAGCCAAUUUUUCAUAAAACAUUAAAAAAACAGACAAAUUUGUGAUAAAUCAAAGCUCUCGGAGCUCAAAACAAUAACAUAAAACCUUUCCGUUUUCCCAUUCAAUUUUAUCUAUUUCACCUUGAAAUUUCCAUAACCUAUAAUUUUUUCAGGAAAUUCCCGGAUCUCCAUUCGCCAUCGAGCCAUAA